GAAGCUUUAAAAAGCACUGAUGCCUGGGCCCCACCUGCGAGGAUUCUAAUGUAAUUGCUGGAGGUGAGGCCUGUGCACUGGGGUGUUUACAAGCUCCCAGGUGACUCACGUGUGUAACCUGGGCUGAGAACCACAGAAGAGGAGGCCCUACCUUGAAGGAGGAGGUUUCAAGCAGAGCCUGGCUCGCGUUGGCCAUCUGGAAAAAGGGGACUCUGGCAUCGCAGAACACAAAAAUGAUUUCAUCCAUAGUCAUUUCACAGCUGAUUGAUGAGAAUAAAUCAGAAGAAAAUGGGGCCGCAUUGCCUGUGCCGUGUGUGUAUCCCAUGAAGCCGACCCUGGCCAAUCGCAGCGGAGUCACCAUUAACAGGGCCUUCGAAUUCCUUCCUGGGGGACUAGGAAUUCAGACACCGGUGGGGCAGCAAGGACCUGUGACAGAGCCGCCGCUCCAAGAGGAGAAGCCGUGCAGUGGCUCCCAGAAGGGGUUUGCAUCCAUCACCAUCACGGCCAGGCGUGUGGGCCCCCCCAGCAGCACCCUGGUGUGGGAGGCUGUCAGGGACCCGCUCUGCAUCCAAUGCAGGGCCCGGGAUGCUCUGCUCAGGGACCCCUCUGCUCUGGCCUCUGGUGCCGAUCCAAGUCGGCCCCAUGGACCUUUCGCCUGUACAGAACUCUCCAGAAACAGCUCUGUGAUGGGGCUGAAUGUCCCUGAAGCCCACGCACGUCUGUGUGAGGGACACGAGUACUGGAUCACCAACGUGGACAACAGGGAGGACCAUUUUUCUCCAGGCACCCCACCGUCACGGGCGGGAAAGAGCCCGCUUGUGUUCAGCUCCUGUGUCCAUCUCAGAGUGUCUCAGCCGUGUCCAAAUUCCAUCUACUAUCUGGACAGGUCCCUGUCUGUCCCCAUUGAGCCACCUCGACUUGCUGGCCCUAAGAUGCACAGAUCCAUCCUGUCCCUCAACCUAAACUGCAGUUCACACAGGCUGACACCAGAUGGAGCAGGCGGCACAGCUAACGGACAGCCAAUAAGCAGAGCCCGGAAGCCCGAGCUCACGGAGGGAAACCAGAGCCUCUUGGGCCCGCACUGGAACCUGGGUUUGCAAGAAAGUUUCUUGAAGCAAAACCCAUCGUUGGGGCGGGUACGUCUGGGGACUGCAGGGACUGGCACGUGUCCUUGGAGAGACUCUCCUACACUGGAAAAUACAGAUUCAGGAAGGAACCAGGUCACUGUGAGAAAAGGGAAGGAGGACCAUGUGUCUCGUCACACCAGCGGUCAUCGUCAUGCCAACCAACUGUCCAUUCACAUCCCCGGCUGGAGUUACACGGCAGUAGAACCAAAAGUAUUUUCUGGAAGCAGCGAGAAGCAACAAGAAGGAGCACGUGUGACUGUGUCUGCUCCCCCUGUGGAACGGAAGCUGGUUAAAGAUCCCCUUCCUGAUGGGUCUAGCUCUCCAAGCAACAGCUGUCAGUCUAGUGACCUCUCUGAACCCGCAGAGAGUCAACAGCAAAGCUUCCCGAAACCCAGCAUCCCUUUACCUGGGUUCCUUUGCCCCUUCCAAGAUUUACGCACAUCUCUGCAGGAAGACCAUGGUGUUCAGAUAGAGAGAGAGUUCCCCAAAGGAGAUUACACGUGCUGUGACUUGGUUGUUAAAAUCAAGGAAUGCAGGAAGAGCGAGCACCUCACCAGGCCCGAGCCCGAGCCAGCGGCCCCCAAGCCAGCACCCCACCAGGGACCCGAGACCCACGAUCUGCCAGAAGACUGUUCCGAGAGCCAGCAAGUGCCCGCGAGCUCCUUGACCUUGCAGGAGGCCCUGGAAUCCCGCAAACCUCACUUCAUUUCUCGCUCACAAGAACGUCUGAAGAAGCUAGAACACAUGGUUCAGCAGAGAAAAGCCCAGCGGAAGGAGAGCCUGGGCCAGAAGCAGAGCCUCCUGCCCGUCCGCGCCAGCAAGAAGCAGUUCACCGUUCCCCACCCUCUUAGCGAUAACUUGUUCAAACCCAAAGAAAGGUACAUUUCAGAGAAGGAGAUGCAUAUGCGGUCUAAAAGAACUGCUCCUGGAUUUGGCAGUCAUGUGUUCAUUUAUCCAUUGAGACCAUGUCGACGCCCUCCGUGUGCCCAGUGCUGUGCUACAUGCAAGCAAUUCCCAGAAUCUAUAAUAACUUGCCGGAAGUUAGAAAGAAAAAAGAAGAACAAAAGAAAAGGGUCAUCUUACAGAGUAACAGACUCCGGGCCGACGUCUUCAAAAAGCAACUACUGGACCAGCUCCUUCAAAGGAACGCAGUCUAACCACAGGCUGCCCUGCUGACCCUCUACCUGGACCUGGGAUGACUUCAAACGCAGCAUAAACCAUUAAACUUAGCAUUAUCUUCAUGACGUGAAACACUUAUUUUACUUUCGAUUUUUUUUUUUUUUCCGUAAAGGAAAGCCUAGCUUCCUGAAUUGCUGACCCGAACCAAGCAGGGACGGUCACCCUUGAGGAAAUGGAUCAUCAGACUGCAGGGGGUAAUCAACUCAGCGGAACCUCCCCGAUACAGUCCCUUCAUGUUUUACUUCUGAAUUUUAUCUUUGGCUUCUGAUUCCCCCCCCCCCCCACCAUUUCCACCCAGGCAGAAAGGCCUUCUGUGCUCACGUGGGCUUAGAUCCCUGGGCGCUGUUUUGUUUUUGGUUUUUUUCCCCAUCAAAUUUCUAGGACAUAAAUAUAUCACUUUAAAAAUACCAAUCCCAACUUCUGCCAGUUCUGCAAACUCCAAAUUUCGGGACAUCACACAGUAUGUUUGAAACCUCUCUGGAUGUGUGUACCAUGUAACAAUGGAGACUUUGCAACUGGGCGGGUGUCCUGCCAGAGACUGGGGACCAGUGACCUGUUUUGUGGUGACCUGGGGAGGUCGGAGCAGCCCUCACUACCCCUACCCUGCUCUUCAUUUAGCAGAAGAGUCUGUUUCCAUGGAAGCCAUGAGGGCAGAAUUGGCUGAAAAAAGUGGUAGGUGACUUCCGUGUUUCCUGCAAACCUUCCAGCCCCCAGAAAGAGCGGCGUUGCUGAAAAUGGCCUGAUGGCUCCAGCUCUGCCAUGUGUCCCUCCAAACAAUUACAGUGUCCAUUGUUUGUAAAUGUGUGUCUGGGAGUAAAGAAUAAUAGUUUGAUCAAAAAUGAAAAUAA